AGACGCCAGAGGAGAGAAAGCGAGCUUUUGCAUCGUUGGUUCGUUCGUUCACCUCCACCUCCUUUGCGAUUCAUUAUCCAUCAUGUGAUCUUUCUCGGCUUGUGCUGGGGACUUGUCUUACUUCCGCAGGCUCGGCGAGCAGGGGACAUGGACUGGCGGAGCGCGACGCUGCAGCUUUGAUCGAGGCGCGGAAAGGACGGGCUUUUUUUUCUUGGGCGUGCGUCGGAAGCAGGAAGCAGGAAGCAGGAAGCAGGGGAGCAGGGGAGCGAGCGAGCACUCGCGCGUAGGUUUUCGAUCGCGCAGCGACUUUCCGGUUCCGCACUCGGUCGGAGGCAGGGGAGAAGUGUCGACAGGUUGAUCGCGGUGCGAGGGAGGCGGGCGAGGCGCGUCUUUCACGCGAGGAUUGCGAAGCAGGGGAGCAGGGCAGCUGUGUUCGCGGGAGGACGGCCGGAUCGAUUGGAAUUGAGGAAAAACAGAGAUGCGCGACGGGGGGAGUAGUUAAUUCGGGUAUGGUAGGCUGUGCUGCGUCGGGGUGUGGUAGGCAGAAUGCGCUUGAAUUCGACCGGGGUGUCCUCUACUCAAUGCGCGUUGCGAACCCUGGAAUUUCAUCCGACGUUGCGGGGCUUCGAUUUGGGGGAUUUUAUUUUGGUUCUGUGUGAUAAUUCGGUGGAAUUGGAGGACAGGAAUGGGCAGGGGAAGGCGGAGAUCUGAACCUCUGCCACAGGGGCAGGAGAGUGUAGGCACCACGAGCGCGAAGGCUGAGGUGAAGUUAGAAGUUGACGGUGGUGGUGGUGUAGGCGCCUUUGGCUUGCAGGAAGCUCCGGUGUUUUAUCCCACUGACGAGGAAUUUCAGCAUCCAUUACGUUACAUUGCUCAAAUUCGUCCACUCGCCGAAGCCUAUGGUAUAUGCCGCAUUGUUCCGCCGAAUUCGUGGAAUCCUCCGCUCGGGCUUGAUACUGUGAAGUUUACAUUCCCCACCAAACUCCAGGCUAUCCAUCAAUUACAGGAGAGGCCUGCAGCGUGCGAUGCCGACACUUUCAAGCUGGAAUAUGGCAGGUUUUUGCGGAAACAGGGGGAAAUUCUGGAAAGCUGGCCCAUGUGGGAUGGAGAGGAACUUGACUUGUGCAAAUUUUAUAACUCCGUGAAGCGACACGGUGGUUAUGACAAAGUCACUUCCGAGAACAAGUGGGGGGAGGUUGUACGUCUGGUACAGUCUGACGAUACAGGAGCAGCCAAUUCCAGCUCUCAAACUCCGACCGUGCGCCAGCUGCACGAGAAACUCCUUCGCGAGCUUUAUGAGAAGCAUUUGCACACUUUCGAGGUUUACCAGACCAAGGUUGGUUCUGGCAAGCGGUGGCGUGUUGCCAGGAAGCAGGAGACUCCCGGCAAGCAGGUUGUGAAGCCUAAGAAAGGAGUUAGGAGACGUCAGGCAAGUGCUGACGUAGAUCUCGAUGAAUUUCUGGAGCCGAAGAAAAGUGACAACGAUUUGGAUGCCGAUGGCGAGCUCGUGGCAGCGGAUGUCGAGAGUCGGCUUACCGGAAAGCGGACUACCAGGGGUCGUCCUCGAGCAGCAGGAGCCUCAGACGACGCAGCAUGUGAUAACAAGAAGCGUCAGCCUGUUGAGACCGAUGCAGGUGGCGAAGGCUCUCGUUCUGUCGGGGAGGUUGAUCAUCGGUCUCCAGCAAAUCCUUCCUCUUCGCGGAAGCGAAGGAAGAUGGAGAAGUUUCCAGUUCCAGAGGUUGGGGGUCGGAAUGACCAAAUCUGUGAGCAAUGCCACAGUGGAGCACAUGCUCAGUUGAUGUUGCUAUGUGAUCGAUGUGACCGAGGUUGGCAUUUGUACUGCCUUUCACCUCCUCUAUCUUCAGUCCCAGUGGGCAACUGGUACUGUCUCGAUUGCAUCGGUUCUGAAAGUGAGAGUUUCGGCUUCGGCCAGGGCCAAGAAUACUCCUUCGAUUCCUUCCGUCGGAUGGCUGACCGUUUUAAGCGCAAGUGGUUUGGAACUAGACCCUCGACGUAUGCUGACAUCGAGAAGGAGUUUUGGCGUGUGGUUGAAAGAGGUACGGGGCCUGUGGAGGUUCUGUAUGGCAGCGAUCUUGAUACUGGGAAGUAUGGUAGCGGUUUUCCUAGGGCUUCGGACCCUGUGCCACCAUGGUCUAACGCCGAAGCGUGGGACGCUGGUGCAAACAGUCCGUGGAACGUCAAUAAUUUCCCCAAGCUUGAGGGUUCUGUCCUGCGGCUUGUGCAUGAAAACAUACCUGGUGUGAUGGUUCCUUGGCUUUACAUCGGGAUGCUAUUUUCUUCCUUUUGCUGGCACUACGAGGACCAUUGCUUCUACUCCGUCAACUACCUGCACUGCGGAGAGCCGAAAUCUUGGUACAGCGUCCCAGGCCAUGCCUCGGAUGCAUUCGAAAAGGUCAUGCAAAAAGCUUUUCCUGACCUCUUCGAAGCGCAGCCAGAUCUCCUUUUCCAGCUUGUUACGAUGUUGAACCCGACAGUCCUGCGCGACAACGGUGUUCCUGUGUGUACCACAGUACAGGAACCUCACAAUUUCGUGAUAACGUUUCCAAGAUCGUAUCAUGGUGGUUUUAAUCAUGGAUUCAACUGUGCAGAGGCGGUAAAUUUUGCUCCCACAGAUUGGCUGCCUUUUGGUGGCUUCGGUGUGGAACGCUAUCGACUUUACCAUAAACCUGCAGUAUUGUCCCAUGAUGAGUUGCUUUGUGUCGUCGCAAAGAACGAUGAAAGCUGUGGAAAAUCGCCGUGGUUGCAACAAGAGCUUGUGCGAGUUAUUGCCAAGGAACGGCAUCAAAGAGAGUUUCUCUGGAGUAUGGGGAUGGUCAAAAGCUCACGGAUGACACCCCGUGAUUGUCAGGACUUCAUCGGUGCCGAGGAAGACGCUGAAUGUAUAAUUUGCCGGUAUUAUCUGCACUUGUCUUCAGUGGUCUGCCGUUGCCGGCCCGGAAAGGCCGUGUGCUUGCAGCAUGCAAGGCAGCUUUGUGAGUGCAGUGCGGAUCAACAAUGUCUCCAGUAUCGCUUUUCUCUCGCAGAGCUGGAUGACCUACUUUCCCAUGAGGACCAAUCGUCGGAGGAUUCCAAGGUUGGAGAUCUAGCUGCAGUACCUAGCAUUACUAAACGCAGGUUGCGUCGUGGGCAGUAUGGAGCGUCUUCCUUAACCAGUCCGUUAAUGAAAAAGGUAAAAGGGCGUCAUUACAAGCAUGCCGAGCUUGCUGAAGCGUGGCUAAGUCAAGCACGUGCCGCAGGUCGAAGCCAUUCACGGUCUCCUGUGUUGGAAGAAUUGCUCAGUCAAUCUGAGCAGUUUCUGUGGGGAGGACAUGAAAUGGAUCAGGUAAGAACGAUGGUGGAGCAGCUUACAGUUGCACACAAAUGGGUGCAAGAUGUUGCAGCUUGCUCGACAAUUGUGGACAGACAUUCAAUGGCUAGUAGCGGAAAGGCAGUCAAGGUUCCUCUGGCAACAAUUCAACAGCUCGUAGCUGUCGAUCCCAUUCCGUGGGUGGAGCCUCAUUCUUUCAAACUGAAGGCAUUAUUGGAGCCUGCCUGCAGUCUUCAACAGAAGAUUAUAGAUGCCCUUACUGCUUCGUCUCCACUAGAGAUCAAAGCUUUACAAUCGCUCCAGCAAGAAGCUGGCCACUCGCCUUUCGAACUUCCAGAGUGCCAGCAGCUCAAGGAUGUCAUUACACUAGCUCAGGCUUGGAGUGAACGGGUGAAAAAAUUGUUACCUACGUGUGCAAAGUCUCUACGUAACCGCGUUCGCAAUGAGUGGGCAGAUUUGCAGCAAUUCAAGGCCUUGCAUGAAGAGGGUUCGAAGAUACCUGUGAUGGUAGGCGAAAAGAAGUCGUUGGAGACUAUCAUCAAUUUAACCGAAGCUUGGCAGGAGCGUGCAUCUUCAUUACUUAUCUCCUCCACUUUCCAGGAACUAGUUGAAGCACUGAAGGACAGCGAGGCGAUACCAGUCCGUUUGAUGGAAGUGGACCUGAUAGAAGAGAGGUUACAGAAAGCCCGAAUUUGGAUUCAGGAUACAGCAGCUGUUUUGACCCUGUGUCGAGAUCCGGUAGACUAUGCUGAGGUGACCAGACUUUUGGAGAAUCUUCUGCAGGCAGGGCAAAAGCUCAAAGUCAAUGGCAUAUCAGAAAUGGAUACGCUACUGGUCGAGCUAGACAAAAUACGUUGGAUGCAAAACUCUUCUCAGCUGCUAAAACAGAGACCAACAGUUGACUCUCUCAAAGCUCUUGCCGCAGAUAUCGAAAGACUGCAAGUAUCUGAUGGGAGUUUAGUGCGUCAAAUUCGUUCCACUCUGUCGGAUGCGUUGGCAUGGGAAAGCGAAGCAGAAAAGUUGUUACAUUCCGGUGGAUCACUCUUCCAAUUUGUUGAUCUUGCCAGCGCUGCAGGAUGUUUAAACGUUCGAUUAUCAGCCUUGGAUCUUGUGGAAAAAGCUUUAGCAGAUGCCGAUACCUGGCUCGAUCGGGCAAAACCGUUUUGUUCUACUUUUCUCCAGUGCGAGGAAGAUCAAUCUUCUUCUCUUGAUCUGGCCACCCUUGCAGGAGUGGUCGACGAUGCAAACAAACUCUUAGUGAGUUUGGAUGAAGUGAGUGUACUGUCAACAGCUCUCAAUUCUGCACAAGAAUGGGUUGUAGAGGCAACAAAGUUGAAAAGUUCAGUUUUGGUUAGUGAAGGUAGAGAAGAUUCGAGCGGGUUUACUUCCACCGUCACAUCAGGAGAGUGCAAGACAUUGCAGCCAAAUAGCUCAGAAUUCACUAUUACGACAGUCGGUCAAGAAAUGAAGAGCAGGCUGCAAGAAGACUUGUUAGCACUGGAAACAGCCGUAGCUCGUGGUCUGUCAUUCGGCCUCCAAAUUCCAGAAAUUCUGGAGCUGCAAGGUCUUCGUGAUGCCACCAAUUGGAGUUUGAAAGCUCUUAAGCUAGCCGAGUGUUGCCCGACAGUGAAGGAGGUGGAAAGGCACUUGGCCGAGGCUGCGAGCUUACCCGUGAAGGUGUCUCAAGUAUCUUUACUUCAUAAGAUUCUUCAUGAUGCCAAGUCAUGGCUCCAAGCUGCAGCCACAUUUCUACCUGGCAUUGGCGUGAAAGGUAGCUGCACUGAAGAGCAGUUGGAACAGCUGAUUUCUGAUGCUAAGAAUUUGCCCGUGUCUGUGGUGUCAGAGGCAGGGUGUUUGUUAGACAUACUGGCUUCACACAGGACAUGGAAGAGGAAGGUUCAACAAGCUUUGGCUGGCACUUCAUGUUUGACGUGGAGGGACCUUUCCGACCUUCAGGUAGCUGGAGAAACAAAUAUGGUACAGAAUGACGAAGAGGGUUUACUGAACCAGGAAGCCGUCAAUGUCGGGUCAUGGGUGUUGAAGUGCUACGAAGCUAUCAUUUGUCAACCUUCAACUACAUCCUAUACUCUUGAAGAGCUUUUGGUGAAGAUGCGAGAGUCUGUAGAGUACGGCAUACAACAAUUGGAGUCCGAGGAGAGAAAGACCAAAAUGGAGUCUUUAUGCAUUUGUCGACGAGUUGUAGAAAAGGCCGACACCAGCGUGCUUUCCUGUGACAGUUGUCAGGAACGGUAUCAUGCUUCCUGUUUGGGCGUAACAUCCGCUCAAACAAGAGGACAGAAACAGAAUAUGUGUACUUUCUGCAGCGUAUUAUCAAGUGGCGCUUUGACGUUACAUGAAGACCUUUCUACCAAGGUUCAUCUUACCCGGCGUCCGAAACUGAAAACGCUUUUGGAGCUUCAGCGGUUUGCUAGAGACCAGCAGUGCAGGAUGAGGGAGAAGGAACUGCUCGAUGUCUUGGUGAAGUUGGUACAGUUGUGGCAAAAAAAGUUAUUAGUCAUAGUCGAGCGAGCUUUGGUUUGUCGGGAGGAGAAAAUGGCCGUCAGUCACAGCUCGCUAGUGGGCCUUUUGAAGGCCCUGGAAGUUAUGGAGGUGGAAGCCGAAGAGAUUAUUUUGAUGAAGAAAGCCAUAGCUGCCAGUGCCUGGCGGAGCCGAAGUACAAAACUGCUAACUGGGACCUCCAAACCUAUCCUUCGUCCUAUAACGCGUGCCAUCAAAGAAGCUCACGCCCUAUCAAUAUCUGGAGAGGACUGUGUUCUACAGGAGCUGAAGCAGAGAGAAGGAUGCGCAAUUCAGUGGGCAACACGUGCCAAACAGGUUGUCAACGAUCACGGACGGAUGCCUUUACCGGAUGUUCUGGACCUUUAUGCGGAAGGGGAGAUGUUGCCAGUGUCGCUACCGAAGGAACUUGCGGCACUGAAAGCCAGGAGUGUGCUUUAUUGUCUUUGUCAAAAGCCGUAUGAUGAGGAUCGAGCCAUGAUAGCAUGCGAUCGUUGCGGGGAAUGGUAUCAUUUUAGUUGCAUCAACCUUCCAGAACCUCCUAGUAGUGAUGAAGAUACGGACGAUGUGAUAAGGCAAGAGUGUGAGCAGUCUGGAGACUUUAUCUGCCCGAAGUGCAAAGAGUUAGUGAACAAAAGGGAUCCUCAAAAGGUGACGGGAGCAACAGGUUCCAAAACCUCAUACAGGAAUCAAGCACUACCACAAGAAAUUGAGAGCGGUCAGAAGACAGUUGAAGGUAACCCUUUGGGCAAACCAUUUUAUGGUCUUGUACGAGGAAAGAGGAGCCAUCGAAGUAGUAGCAGGGCAAGAGGGGAAGUACCACAUAAGUGGCAAAGUCCCCUAUUCCAACCAGGUAAGUUACUAUGGCACACACAGAGAAGAAGGAAACAGAAUGAGCAACAACCUGAGGAGUGUGUAAGCGCAAGUGGAAGGCCUUGUCGUCGCACUGCAGGACGGCACAGCGGCUUUGAAAGCUUCAUCUUGCUGAUGCGGUCCCGAUAGUUAGUCUUUAGAGCUGUAGAAAUGAAAAUUCUUUUGUUAAACUGGAAUAAAUUCUCAAGCAUGGAGCAA